AUGAAUUCCCUGGAAUACUUAAAACAAUGUGGCACGACUGUUGUGAUAGAUACAGGGGAAUUUGAAACUAUUCACGAAUACAAGCCCCAAGAUGCUACCACUAAUCCCUCUUUGAUUUUGGCAGCUGCCAAAAAAGCUGAAUACCAACAAUUAAUCAACGAUUGCGUAGAUGAUGUGCUUGAAAACCAAGGAAUGCUGGAUAUUGAAAACAAAGCUCUCGUUGCUUUGGACAAGCUGCUGGUUGAAUUUGGAUCUAAAAUAUUGGAAUUGAUUCCUGGAAGAGUAUCCACUGAAGUUGACGCUCGACUAUCAUUUGACCGAAAAGCCACCGUCAGAAAAGCUCUAGAUUUAGUGCUUUUGUAUCAAGCAAGAGGGAUAUCGAAGGAGCGAGUGCUGAUCAAGAUUGCUGCCACGUACGAGGGGAUUCUUGCAGCAAGAGAAUUGGAGUCCGUAUACGGUGUCCAUUGCAAUCUCACUCUGCUGUUUACCUUUACUCAAGCGGUAGCUUGCGCAGAGGCAGAGGUAACUUUGAUCUCGCCUUUCGUGGGUAGGAUAUUAGACUGGUACAAGGAUAAGGAAGCAAGGAAUUAUGCAAGGAAUGAAGAUCCUGGCGUUUUAUUCGUGAAACAAAUUUUUGAUUAUUACAAAAAGUACGGGUAUCGUACUGUUGUUAUGGGGGCAUCAUUCAGAAAUGUUGGUCAGAUUGAGGAACUAGCAGGUUGCGAUUAUCUCACUAUUUCACCAACUUUGAUGGAAGUGAUGGUCAAAUCAAACACUAGGAUUGAAAAAGUGCUAGAUUCGUCGAAAAGCUUUCAGCGUUGCAAAUUGGAUCGAUUGGCCUUGAUUGAUAAUGAGCCAAUGUUUAGGUUCAAUUUGAAUGAAGACCAGAUGGCAACAGAAAAGCUAUCAGAGGGGAUAAGAAAAUUUGCAAGUGACACUGAAAGUUUAUUGGCCCUUUUAAGGUCAAGGAUUCAGCAUAGGCUCAGGGAUUCCAAGUUAUGA